AUCAGUCCUACUCUGUCCCCAGAGCAGAGAUUAGUGUCCCUUGCAGCCUCAGGGCUGCGCAGAAAAUGGGAAGCAGUUGGCCCGGGAUGCCUGGGCUUGCAUUUUUCCUUCUGCUGGUACUGUCCCCUCUGCUGCCAAGAGUCUCGGCCUCGGGAGAUACCAAGAACCUCCAAAGAAACCACCACAAUAUCAACCUGGAAGGGGAGAGCAACCAGGAAACUGGGUCCGAGGAGAGGCUGGCAGAUGAAAAGAAAUCCUGCCAGAGCAACCUUGACCUCUACUUAAUAAUAGACAAGUUUACAUACAGCCUCAGGGAGGCUGUGGAGAGGACAAGCAAAGAGCUUUAUGUUGAGAAGUGGUGGCAAAGACCCAUGCUCACCAUUCAUCAGCACAUGCCUUUUCAGUGGUCAGGAAGUGUAGACAACAACUGGAUUUUCACCUAUGGAUUCAUAGAGGAUUUCCUCAAAAAGUUUGAAAACACGAACAUGCGCGUCUCGAUCGUCACCUUCUCCACACAGGCCCACACCGUCCUAAAGCUCACCUCGGACAAAAAAGAAAUAGAAGAGGGUCUCAACAAACUGCGGAACACAGUGCCUACCGGAGACACAAACAUGCAGGAAGGAUUUAAAGCGGUCAGUGAGCAGAUCUCCACAGCAAACCCUGAAGAAAAGAAAUUUCACUCAAUGGUUAUCUCCCUGACGGAUGGAACACUUUGGCCAGAGUCCUUUGAGGCAACCAAGAAAGAAGCUCAGAAGAUUCGACAACUGGGAGGGACUGUUUAUGCUGUGGGUGUAAACAAAUACAUGAAAAAUCAGCUCCUGGCAAUUGCGGACAGCGAGAAGCACGUGGUUGGUGUGGAUUCUGGAUUCUAUGAUCUCAAGAACAUCGUUGACUCACUCGCAGCUAAGUCCUGCAUUGAGCUUACAAGUGUGGAACCAACCGAUUACUGUGUGGGAGAAAACUAUGAUGUAAGCAUCUUUGGAAGAGGUUUCCGUAACGCCAGAAACAAAAACGAAGUUCUUUGCAGAUUUGAAAUCAAUGACACCGUAUUUUUUGAUAAAAAAGCCACCGAUGUAGACGACACCAGCAUAAAGUGUUCGGGAGUGAAGAUAGAGGAAGCAGCCAGUGAGAUCUCUGUUGAAGUGAGCCUGAACAACGGUGCCAGCUUCAUCAGCAACGGGCUCAGGAUCAGCAGCAAGGACUGUGGGGAUCACAGGACUGUGCAGCCAACGGACAAUCCAGAUGUGACACAUGUGCCAGCAGUUCCCAAAAAAAGAAACAUGCCGUUUCCUGAUAUCAACCCUUAUCAACUGGCAAUAGUCCUAGGCAUAACUUCAGUACCAGUGGUGAUCGUGUUGCUGUGGAUAUUUUGUUUUAGAAAGGACUCGUGUGUAUCAACAUGCCCCACAGUGGUGGUCCCUGAUGGUGGAUAUAGCAACAUAAGACACCUAGAGAGAAAAAUGGAUAAUUUGUGCAACUUUUUUCAUAUCUGGAACCACCACCCAGUGAUGUGGUAUCAGCCCAGGAGCAAGCAGUAGUGCCAAACUUCAGCCCACUCAGUCCUGAUGUGAGAAGAUGCCCGGCUACCCAGUUUCCUGCUCACAUCCCAACCCCCUCAACAGUUGCCGCUAUCAGUGCCAACGCACCCCAACCCAGCCCCCAUUACUUGUCUGUUCCCGCUGCCCUCCGGGAUGCUCCAAUGAUCCCUGCCCUGUGGGAACAUUCGGUGGAGUCCCUUUGUCCCUCCCACCCCCAUAGCCCAGCCUCUAAAACACCAAAACCCAAAAUUAAAAAGAGCCCUUGAUGUGCUGA